GGUGUCUUCGUUUCCAGCUGAUAAUCUUGCGUCAGUCGUCGGUUUUGCGGCUUACAAGUGUGGAAGUUGACUGUUGAGGCGGUUAGUCAUAAAACAGUGGUGAUAUCUGGCGAUUGUCUUGUAUCGGCUCGUUUAAACCAAGUUUCUACUGAAUCACUGUGAAAUACUGACCCUUUGUUUCAAUUUUGUGCUCUCCAACAGUAGUAUCAAUUGUUAAUUCGAUGGAGGUAUUAACCUAUCCUGUUAUCACGGACUUUACUAGUAAAAACUUUAGUAGAGUGCAUGAUGUAACGGAGGAGGUUGAGGACACUGUAGCAUGCCAAGUCCUGGCACUUCAGAUAGAGCAGGAGCUGAGAGCAGCUAAGAGUGCAGAACUGUCAUGUGGAGAGGUGUUGCUGCCUGCAGAUCUGCUGCCCAGAGUUGCCUGCAGUGUACUCUGUAUGGCUGUGGACGAACCUUGUGGUAUCAGAGGCUGCACACUGUACAUCAACUUCGAAUCAGAGCGAGAAUGCCGGAAGAUCGGAACUGUCAAAUGCGACCCUAACACGGUCUCUACGUUCGAGCUGUCUCUGACUCUCCGGCGGGAGUCACGCCGCACCUGGACCACCCUCAUCCCCCAGUUCCUCAUGAAUCUAACCAGGAGCACGAUCAUGAUCAGUUCUAGGUUCACCCUCGACAAGAAGAAACUCUACCGGUCCGGCUAACCACGACAUGUCCUAGUUAGCGUUUUGUGAUCUAACUGACUUUUAACAAAUUUCUCCUGUAUGACCAUGAGUUGGUGCUUACAGUGAUGUGAUCCGUCUUUAGUCAUCUAUUGAUUUUAUAAUAUCUUAGGUAGGUUAUAAAAUAUAGGGUACAUUUUAUAAGUUAUUUUAUUUGAAAUUAAAUAAUUAUAUUAAAAUGAUAACGUUCCAGUGUUCCUUGAAAUAAAAUAAUGAUGUAUGGAAUUACAUGUAACAGGAAGUGAAUGUAAGUAGCCUACAGUUAAUGUGUGAUAGAACGAAAAAAAAAAAAAAAAACUCGGAAUACUUACUAAGAAUAUAAACAAAUUAAUAUUUUAUGAUAUUGACAUUAGUUUGUAUAAGUUUUAGUUCACAUUCUGUGAUUCAUUGCAUGAAUGCAUUUUGAGAUUUUGUCUUUCAUGUCCAUUGCAACUGGACAAUAAUACUUGAUAUUAAAGAAUAAAUGUUAUUAAAUAAUAAAUUUGUUUUUAAUGUGAAAUAAUUAGGCCAUCUCUUGUUGGAAAACAUUUGUUUAGUUCCCUUUUUAUUUUAUAAUCAUUAUCUCUAGUUUUUUUUUUACUUACCUCAAAAAUUUGUAUUAAAUUGUUUUGUUUUAUUAAUAGAGCUCAAACUUGUUAUACUGUAAUUAAUCCAAUGAUAAAUGCUUCAACCUAUUUUUAUUUUUAUGUUAACUAAAAUAAUAGUGCUGUAGAUUGAAAAUAAGUUAUUGUAAACUUUAAGUUCAGAAUAUAAAAAAAACUUACAAAUUGGGGAAAAUAUUUUUUGAAAUUAGUUUUUGAAGUUUUAUCAUAGACAUGUUAUAUUGUAAGAGCCACGACCAUUCAGUUUUUGAGUUUUGUACAUCUCAAAAAGAGUCCAGGGACUUUUUAGACACUACCAGACUUAAACUAAUACAUUUUAAUAGUUAUGUAAAAGGGUUCUUCGAUGUACACAAGUACAUGUUAAUCUCAGAUAUUCUGGCUUAACUAGUCUGGAUUCAGUAUUUCUUUACUCACCAUCUCCAAUUUUUCUUAAAAAGAAAAAUGUGUGUAUGUGUUUGGUAUGUUCUAAUUGUAUCCACUUUUGUACUUUUUAAUACGGAGAAUAUGUUUCAAAAGCAAUAAAAGAAAAUAAGUUUUU